GUAUGUAUACAAUCUGCACUUCCGGUUGAAAUUGUUGUACGAAAAACAGAAAAGAAAAAGGCGGCUGGACAGUUGAAUAAAAAGCAAGCUUCAAAAUGAUGGAAUUAAAUCUUACACGGGUGGACUACCUGCAGGUGGGUGUCACAUCCAGUAAGUCCAUGCGUCUCCUUCCUCCCCAGAUUCCUGGCAAACCACAGAGAAUUGUUGUGGGAGAUCACAAUGGAGAGCUUCAGUGUCUUGGAAUGAAGAAAGGAGAAGCAGUGCCUGUUUUUAAUGCCACGCUUAAAAAGAAGAUAACUCGCGUUGAGUUAGGAGGACCAGUGGGAGGAACAAGGGAGAGAAUUUUUGCAACUUCAGGGUCAGAGAUCAAAGGCUAUACCAAAAAGGGAAAGAACUUUCUAAGCUUUGACACCAGUCUUGCGGAACCAAUCCAGACAAUGUAUGUUGAAGGAGCAGAGUUAUUUACCUGUGGUAACUAUGUCUACAAUCAUUACCAUGACUGCAAGGAUGCCAACCACUUUCUGUCAGCUGACAGCAUCUGUGAUGUCAUUUGUAUUCCAACCAAUAAGGUUCCAGAUGUCACACCAGUUUUAGCUUGUCAAGACAGAGUAUUACGAGUCUUACAGGACUCUGAUUUGCUAUACGAGGUGGAGGUCCCUGGGCCUCCCUCAGUGAUGCAGCUCUAUGGAAAUGAUGGGGGGGAGGAAGGGGAUGAGAUUUUGUACGGGACAUCUGAUGGAAGAGUGGGCCUAGUUCAAAUCGGAAGAAUGGCUCCAUCACAUCGCUGGGAAUUGCCAAAUGAAAAACGAAAUGGAGGAGUAUUGGCCCUUGAUAGUUAUGACAUCACUGCUGAUGGUGUCCUUGACCUGAUUGUUGGACGAGAUGACGGUCUAGUGGAGAUCUACAGCUAUGACGAAUCAGACGAACCCAUAUUUAGAUUUAAACAGCAAUUAAGUGAGAGUGUGACUUCAGUACAAGGAGGUGUAAUAGCUACACAAGGAUUUGACGAGAUUGUUUGCUCUACAUAUGCAGGCUGGAUCAGUGCUCUCACAUCUGAGCCCAAUAUCAAAGAAAGCGGGCCAGAUGUUUAUCAUCUCUCAGACCAGGGGCGCGAAAAAAUUAUUGGUCUUAGAGGGGAGCUAGAGGAGUUGCAGCAGAAGGUAGUUACAGAGCGAGAGAAGUACCAGCAAACGGCCACCAGUAAAACCGCAAUAUCUGCAGUGCCUCACUUUGACAUCAAUGACAAAUUUGUUCUGAAUCGUGAAGAUGCCAGCUACACCUUGAGUCUAGAGUUACAGCUACCUAUUGACAAUGUCCUUCUGCAGAGUGAUGUCCCCAUAGAUCUUUUGGAUGUGGAGAAAAACUCAGCGGUGGUCAGCUACAGCGCCUGUAACCCUGAGGAGGGUAACUUUCUUUUGGCCACCUACCGCUGCCAAGCAAACACAACUCGUCUAGAGCUUAAAAUCCGCUCCAUUGAGGGGCAGUAUGGUACCCUUCAAGCAUACAUCACCCCUAGGGUCCAACCGAAAACCUGUCGGGUUAAGCAGUACCAGAUCAAGCCAUUGUCUCUACAUCAGAGGACCCAUGUGUUCGAUGAUGCAAGGCCUUUGAACACCAUCAAGUUAUCAGGGCCAUUCAGUCUGGCUGAGGUCCACUCCUGGGUCUGUUUCUGUCUCCCUGAGCUCCCUGAGAGGACACCCCCAGGGGACUGUAUCACAUUCCAUUUUGUGUCCACAUUCCUUGACACUCAACUCGAGUGUGUUUACAGGACUGGAUUUGACAGUGGUAGUAAUGCCAAGGUCACCAAGAAAGGUGAAGCUAUAUUUAGAUCUGACAACAUCUCAACUAUCUCCAUUCUGAAGGAUGUGUUGACAAAGGAAGCGACAAAGAAAAAGAUCAGUCUCAAUAUUACCUACGAAAUAAAUGAUGACUCAAUCCCAUACACAUUGAACCUGAUACAUCCAAAACUGGAAUACCAACUCCUCCUAGCCAAAAAAGUUCAGCUCAUUGAUGCUCUUAAGGAGCUUCAGGUUCACGAGAAUGACACAACUUUUAUGUCGCCUGAAUAUCGGCAAAUUCUUGAAGAUGCCGAGGAGCUACAGGCCGAGUUCAAAAGACAGCCCUGCCAUCUUGAGAGACUCUACGGAAUGAUCACAGACUUGUACAUAGAUAAGUUCAAGUUCAAAGGUCAAAAUGUCAAAGGUCGGGUCCCUGCAUUAUUGGAGGUCUUGGAUAACUAUGAUUUACAAACACUUGUGCAAUUCUUCGAGUCUGGUGGAGAAAAUCGGCCAUCUUAAAGAUGAAGCGUGUGCAAAGUCUCUGUUUAAUGUAGUGCUGUCUUUGUUGGAAGUGAUGAAGAACUGAACUGUCCUACGAACCGUCUAUUGAAAUGUUUUAUCCUUAAUGAAAUGUGUUGGUCUGUGAUAAAUCUUAUGAAUAUACAUGGUACAUUUGUGUGUAUAUUGCAAACUAAAUGUCAUUCAUCAUUGA